AAUAAUGGGAAACAAUCAUUGGAAGUACUCAAAAAAGAAUACGCUUAGGCUGGCUUCCCUCUCAUUGAAAGAGGAAGGAAUUGAAGACAUUUCAAAACUAAUUUCAGAUAUCUGAAAGAAACAGAAGAAACUCAUUAAGGGAAAAGAGAUAGUUAAGGCUAAUGAGAGAGAAGAGGUCUUUAAAUUCAAAGAAAAGUAUACAAUUGAGCUAAUCAAAGGUGAGAUCCUGCCUCACCUUUGGACUCAUUAUCUUACUACAACAGAUGCUAUUUUGUAUAUCAUUCAAGAAGAAGAGGAUGCUUUGGCAAAUAUCAAAGAAAUUACCGAGAUCUGACUCGAUGAAAGGACACAUUCAAUGCCUAUAUGAAUUAUUAUCAACAACUUAAGUGAUAAGCAUGAUAAAGAUCAUAUAGAUGCUCUUGAGUCAGCCAUGAAACCUUUGCAGGAGAGCAAAGCCUAUGGCAUCAAAAUCAAAAGUAUCUCUGGAAGCAAGUAAAGAAGCGAAAAUCAAGCAAGUUACUGAUAUCUUAGAUGAUUAUACUUCGAAUAUUUUCAAUAAAGGGAAGUCUAAACCUUCUUCAAAAUCUAAGAAAAAGAAAGACAAGCCUGAGGAUACUGAAGAUCAAAAGGAAGACUCCAAAGAAGAUGAAACUAGUAAAGAAGUCAAAUUGGAGAGCUAGUAGGGACCGAUUUCGAUGCCAUAUAGUAAUUUUCAAUAAUCUAAC